AUGCCAGACUUUCAACAACUGUUCCAUUCCAGCCCGUUCAAACCCACUCCGGAAAGCAUCCCACCAAAGCAUGUUGUCUACCGGAUGAACAUGCCAUCGCCUGUUCCUGCCCACAUAACUCCUCUGAAUCCGAUCCAUUUCUUGCUGAGAGCUGCUCUCAUUUGCCCUGACAAACUCGCAAUUGCUCAUCCUGGCCCCCCAAACCCUGCAUUUUACACGUUUGCCGACUGGGCCCAGCGCGUUCAAAAUUUGGCGUAUGCCCUCAUUGAGGCCGGAAUUCAACCAGGGGAACGGGUCGCCGUCAUCGCCCCAAACACGCCGAUGAUUGCAGACGCGCACCAAGGCAUCCUUGCCGCGAGAGCUGUUAUUUGCCCAAUUAACAUUCGCCUCACCAAAGACGUCGUCGACUAUAUCAUUGAGCACAGUGGCUCAAAAUUGAUUCUCGUUGAUCGUCAAUUCGCUCAUCUCGUUCAAGGCACUCCUGUUCCUACAAUCGUCUGUCACGAUACCGGACGCGCUGACGACCCAUAUGAGCGAUUCCUUGCACGAGGACGACGAUUUAGUCGGGAGCGCGGGUGGCAAGGGCUUGAUCUGGAAAUGAAUGAGGAUGCGAAUGCCAGCUUAUGCUAUACCUCCGGGACGACUGGUCGACCAAAGGGCGUGAUCUCGACUCUUAGAGGGUCAUAUCUUGCCGCUAUCUCUAAUGCUUACGAAACCAAGUUGGAUCGUUCUUCCACAUAUCUAUGGAUUCUACCAAUGUUCCAUGCUUGCGGGUGGACAUUUCCGUGGGCGUGUACGUUUGCAUUCAGCACGCAAUUGAUUAUCCGUGCUGUGGAGUACGAUGUUAUUUGGCACCACAUUAACAACUCGAAUGUCACCCAUUAUUGCGGGGCUCCUACAGUACAGAUAGGGAUCGUCAACUCGCCUUAUGCGCGGAAGCUAGACAGCGCCCGUUUCGUAACGGCCAUCAUCGCCGGCGCUGCACCUACCUCUCACCUCAUAUCCCAACUCGAGAGGUUAGGUAUCAAAGUCACACAUGUAUACGGGCUGACAGAAACGUACGGUCCAUUCACACGCAAUUACUAUCGGCCGUUGCAUCCUAUCGAUGAGAAGGUUGGAUUGCACGAUGGGGAUGCUCGAAUCAUGGCUCGACAGGGACAUGCAUUUGCAAAUUCUGAUGAAGCUCGCGUUGUCUACCGGCAACAAAAUGGAGAACCUCUCGAUGCCCCCCUCCGUGAUGUUCCUGAUGAUGGAAACACGCUCGGUGAGAUUGUCGUUCGAGGGAAUAUUGUCAUGAAGGAAUACUUCCGUGAUCCGGAGGCGACGAGAAAAGCUUUCCGUGGAGGUCACUUCAACACGGGAGACCUCGCUGUUAGAAAUCCAGACGGCAGCCUUUCCAUUCAAGACCGUAGCAAAGACUUGAUUAUCUCAGGAGGAGAGAAUGCUUCGUCCCUCGCCAUUGAGCAAGAACUCGCGAAGCAUCCUGACGUACAGGAGGUCACCGUUGUCGCCAGGGCGCACCCUACGUGGGGUGAACGCGCCAUGGCUUUCGUGAUGCUGCACACUCAUUCUUCCUUCAAAUCGCGCGUUGAAGAAUUCGAGAAGGAACUCAAAGCGUUUGCUGCAAAAGUCCUCCCAGGAUUCGCCCGACCUGAGUGGGUUACUGUUGUGGAUGAGCUGCCGAAGACGGGAACGGGUAAAGUCCUCAAGCAUGUGCUGAGAAGUCGCGCAGCGAAGUUAUAA